AUGCCUCCUCGUCGAUCCAACAAACCUGCCGAUGGCUCCACGAAGCAAACAGACAAGAACACUCUGUCUUCUAGACGGCCACCCCCACGGAACACCUCACCUGCACCUGCAGCUCCUCCUACGCGACCUAAUCGAGGUAGAGGUCGAGGCGGAGUACCACGUACCAACAGGAGGCGACCAAGCUUGACCGCUAGCGAAAAGGCCCUUGACGAUGUCAAACCAUCACCGAAUGAGGAAGAAGACGACCAUAAGACCUCUGUCCAAACAUCUAAACGGCCACGUCGACGGGAAAAAUCACCUGAAGCACCUGCUGAGCGAUCUGACCAGGCCUUGCUCCGUUUGUCUAAGCGUCUACGUCAAAGUGAACAAAAACACAAUUCCCCAGAUUCACCAGACUCAGAUUCCGAGGAAGAUAGCUCUCAAGAAGAGGAUGAAGAAGAAACUGAGCCAUCUGACUCUGACCCCGACUCUGAAUUUGAUGAACCCAAAAUACCAAUCACAAAAGUCAAAAAACCUGUCAACAAGAAAAGUCCUGCACCAGUUAAACCCACGAAAUUUGACAAACCCACGAACACAUCGAAAGAUGAUCCUCAUCGUGUCACCCUACAGAACUACACGCAAUGCGACCUUGACGAAGCAGCCAUUGAUGAACUACUUGCAGAUAAAGACCACAAAACAUCUAACCGUCUCCCACCCGACAUGCAAACUGAGCUCAAAAAUGUCCAGAUGCAAUACCGAAGAACAAAGAAACUGUUUGAACUGAUGGCCCAUUGUAGCGAGAAAACUGUGAAUGAAUUUUUCACCAAUCAAGUAUAA